GAGGAUUGGCCACAAGAAAAAAACAAAUAAAUAUGUAAAUAACUAAACCCUGCAACAUCACAUUUAUAGGAACAAAGGGAUUAUUUUUAUGUGUAUGUGUGAUCAACCUCGUCCCAAGAUCGUUAUUGUUAAAAAUUAACAUUAUCGAAAGAGAAAAAACCCUGGGGAGGAGAUUGGGAUGUGACAAUAAUUUUGUUGCUAUACUGCUUAGAAUUUCUUCUGAAAAAGAUCCACACACUUUAAACUCUGGAAAAUAUCGUUACUCUAAUACACUGUGCAUAUUAGUGAAACAGAAAACCUGAAGAACAAACGACCGCGUCAACAACGACCAAAAAAACAAUCUCUGACAAAUGGACUUCAAUGCAUAAAGAGAUCUGAGGCUUAUAAUCUUUCUUCGGAUAAAAUUGAAAGGGGACAACGUACACCCAUACACAUAAAAGGGUUACCUCAAUAUCCCGCAGCAAACUGCGAAUCAGAACUGGAAACGAAUUAUUUUCCUGGAUCAAAAAUAUAUUUAAAAAACAAAGGUGAUGCUAGAAAUUUUUGGUUAUUUUUUUUACCGCAUCACUUGGCCAAUGCUCUGCGGCCUAUUUUACUUUGACAGGGAUAUAGACCGAGUAUCCAACGUUGAAAAUACGCUAGCCGCACUUUCCACAUUGUCUGCAUUAUGGAACAAUACCCUCCACGAAAUCGAAUAAUAACCAAAUAAUACCUGUUUUCUUAAUUGUUUGUGGUUUUUUGCAACAAUUUAUGUAAGCGAUACAAAAAAUUUUUAAAAAGCCUUAAGUUCGAGGACAAAUAUGAAGAAAUUAUAGGAAAUUUAACGUUCUUUUCGUCAGUAAAACCUGUAUAAACCGUAAUAUUAUUAAAGAUGAAGGGGACGGUCAUGCUUUUUAAUUGCCACUUUACAGUUGAUAAUUCGCAAGCCUCAGUGAAAAGGAUAAUUGCGGGCGGUGAUUAGUAAUCAUAGGUUGUGUCACUCAAAAAUUGAAACCUUUGUUCUACCUAUGAGAAAAAUUUGCAUGAAAAUUUCCCAAGGUGUUGAUUAAUUUGUUGAAGUCACCUCUAAAUUUUGUUUCACCUUUGCUAUAACAUGCCGGCUGACAAAUAUUUUGGGAAAUGAUGAGUUAGUUUCCAUAGAGAUUCAAAAUUGCAACCUCAAUUACGAAAGUAAGAUCUCAUCCUUAGACGACAGUUUUUUUUUGUGAAUGAUGUAACAAUGCUUAAGAUUUCAAACAGUUUCACCUACUCAGUUCCUGUUGCUUCCUGAUAUACAUGUGUCACAGUUUCAUUACUUUGAAGACAAGCCGUUUAAGCAGUUUCAUUCUUCGCACCACCUUUACCAAGCUUGUUUAAGUAAUUUAUAAUCUAACUUUUUUGCCGAUAAAAUGAACUUGGAAGAUGUGAUUGAAAGACAUGAAUGUAUAUACGUAUUUGGAUACGGAUCACUUACUUGGAAGCCGGAUUUUGAACAUGAUGGCAUGUAUCUUGGGUACAUCAAGGGCUACGAAAGAAGAUUUUGGCAGGGCAGUACUCAUCAUCGUGGAACUGUUGAAAAACCUGGACGAGUUCUAACACUGACUGAAGUAGAAAAGGGUGUGUGUUGGGGUGCUGUAUUUAAAAUUGUUGGGAAAGAAAAAAUUGAAAAAGCAUUCGAUUGUUUACAACUCCGAGAACAAAGUAUCGGCCGUUACGAAGUUCAUUUAAUGCCUGUAUUUCUCAAAAAUUCGGUGCAGCCAUUACAUGCGAUCGUUUAUUAUGCUACACCUGACAAUGAACUAUUUCUUGGCAACGAUUCACUGGAUGCAUUAGCUGAUGAUAUUUCCACGUCAUGUGGUGCAGUGGGACAUAAUAUAGAGUACUUGUUUCGGCUGUCAGACUUUUUAAGAAAAUACCUCCCGAAUGAACGCGACGAACAUGUCUUCAAACUUGAUGCUCUCGUCCGCUCUAAAAUCGGAUUCAAUACCAAGGACUUUAAAUCCAGGGCGAAGAUGUUGUAACUAAGUGACGGAUACUGCUAAAGUUAUUAUAGAAGGAUUUUUAUGAAAGUUUUUUGUAAGGUUUCAUGUGCUCAAUCUUUGCCGCUGCGUUACGUCACUGAGAAUUAUACCGUCAGCCCUCAUCGAAGUUUCGCAAAAUAACUUUGAUGAGAAACAUAUGAAAUAGAUUAUCAGAAAAUAACUUUUAAUAUCAACGUCGUUCCCUGGGCUUUCUGUCGCGUAUGGACGUUGCGCUUGUUCGUUUCGCCUUCCGAUAUGCAAAAAGAGACAGCAGGUCCUGGGAUCGAGGUUGUUUUAAUAUAUGUAUGUAUUAUAGAAAGCAUAGCAGAAUAACUACAUCUAAAAGUUAAUUAUGUUGUCUUGACAUAUUGUUUCUAAUCAUAAUGUAGGCGAGUCAUGCAUUAGGAUCAUUCUGUUUAGUGUUGGGAGAGGAAGUCUGUCACUAUGAAUGUUUACUUAUUCAGGAACCACGUGGUUUUCGUCUUUAUAUUGAUUGCGCAGAGACAAACAAAGGCUAUUAAUAUAAUAAUAUAUAAUAUGUCAAAUAAUGUAAUUUUUGCGGGAAGUUAAUUAGGCGGAUGUAAAAAUAUUCAUAUUGAUGGGAAUUUAUUUUGACUGAUUUUUGUCAAAUACGUUUCGCCAUUUUCUUUCGAACCUAACAGAUCUUUUCUCAACUCCU